ACAGGGCCAGAGUGCAGGGUGAUGAUGACUCUCCUCUCCUAAACCUCCAUGCAGAUGAAAAGUGAUGGCAACAGCAUCAACACCGACUCUAUAUCAGGAUGACGUAUUAAACACAGAACAACAACGACAAGUCCUGGACACGGUGGAGAGGAUUGUCCUGACCAUAUUCCUCUCACUCAUCAUCAUUGUGACAGUGUUUGGAAAUCUCUUGGUCAUGGUAGCACUGUGCAAAGAUAGGCAUCUACGGAAGAAGAAAACAAACUAUUUCAUUGUGUCGCUUGCUUUUGCUGAUCUGCUUGUGGCACUAGUGGUUAUGCCCUUUGCAGCCAUAGAGCUGACCACUGGACACUGGCGAUACGGGGCGAUCUUCUGCCUGGUCCGAACCUCUCUAGAUGUGCUGUUGACCACGGCAUCUAUACUGCAUCUCUGCUGCAUCGCACUAGACAGAUAUUAUGCUAUCUGCUGCCAGCCCCUGGUCUACCGACACAAGAUGACCCCCGUGAGGGUGGCAGCCAUGUUGGGAGGCUGUUGGCUCAUCUCUUCUUUCAUCUCCUUCCUACCCAUCAUGCAAAACUGGAACACAAUCGGCAUCGAAGGCAUAAUUGAAGAGAAGCGUGCGAUGGCAGGAGGCUCCAAUGACACCAGCUGUGUUUUCAUGGUCAACCGUCCCUAUGCUCUGAUCUGCUCUGCUGUGGCCUUCUAUAUUCCUCUCGCUCUCAUGCUUUUGGCCUACCAGCGAAUCUAUGUCACUGCCAUGAGUCACGCGAGGCAAAUUGAGACAUUACAGCGUGCUGGCUCUGCCCCAAUCACAGGCGUCUUCCCCCGUACACCCUCCAUCAGUGCCUCUGCGAGGUCCUCUGAUGCCCUGGACCAGGCAGAGUGCUACAACCUAAGCAUGAAAACAAUCUCCUCCUCUGCUAAGGCGUCACCUGCUUUGACCAGCCGCAUGCGUGUAGAGACCAAAGCAGCAAAGACGCUGGCAGUAAUUAUGGGAUGUUUCUGUCUUUGCUGGUCACCUUUCUUUAUCACCAAUGUGGUCGACCCAUUCAUUCACUACUCAGUGCCGUGGCAGCUGUGGACAGCGUGGCUUUGGCUGGGGUACAUAAACUCAGGCAUCAACCCCUUCCUCUAUGCCUUCCUGAACCGGGCAUUUCGAAGGGCGUUUCUGGUUAUUCUCUGCUGUGGAGAUGACAGGUUCCCACGACAGGGGAGCAACUCUUAUGGACACAACGGCAGGGCUUGUUCUGCUGCAUCUGUCAAUGGGACGUCUAUGGCGCUAAGACUAUCCUUCCUGCCCAACCGGAGCUACAGUGACAAUGGACGCAUAAUACUGGCCAGUGAGCAGGAGUCCAAAGACUCUUUGGGGGGACCGUGA